CAAAACAGUUCUUGUUUGUAUUGCAGUAACUAGUGGCAGGUGAGCUACUGGUCUAGCAUCUACCCGGCAUUUGUGUCUGUGUAUAUAAUUUGGCAUGAGAGAAACAGUUGACCGCUGCCACCUAUUGUUUGGACCAUACCUGUAUUAAUAAGCACUGUUGAAGCCGAUAAUCCAAGAUGUAUACCAAGCUUUACAGAGGAGGUGUAUGGGACAACUGUGCUCCUAAGGGUCAAAAUACAAAGAAAACUGUAAAGAAGGACAUGAGGAUGGUACCUAGCAAAAGUAAGCUCUAUGGAUGCAAGACAAAAGAACCAAGGAAUGAAAGAGACAAGAAGAUACAACCAGAGAAGGUGAAAGAGAAAAUCAAAGAAAAGGAAGAGAAGAGAAAUUUUGGUCUUGAAACAGCAGCAAAUGUGAUAUCUGCUAUGUUUGGACUCCUUGAGGAUGCUACAGAAGAUGAAAUCAAGGGAGAUCUCCAUAUAGAGUCCAUUGAUUUCAAAAUACCAACCAACACCAAGAAACACCACACCAAUCGGUACAAAAGCACAACGCGGAAGGAAAAGCCGGAUCUGGUUCUAAGGCGGGGUUAUUCCUUCCAGAUGUGUCUCACUCUGGAUAGGGAAUACAGCAAGGCUGAUCAUGAUAUUAACUUCAUUUUCUCAAUAGGUGAAAGAAAAACAAAUUGCACAUGGAUGAAGGUCCCGAUGGAUGAAAACAUACAAGAUGAAGACUCUAAAGACAGGAAGAAUUGGCAUGCACAGCUGGUUUCUGUGGAAAAGAAGACAAUUUUGGUAGAGAUCACCAUUGCUCCUAAUACCAUCAUUGGUGAAUGGAUUAUGUCUGUUGAGUCUUUCACCAAACACAAAGAAGACGUUGUAUCACUAAUUUACUCAUCUGACCAGGAUAUUCUUAUCCUUCUCAACCCUUGGUGUCCAGCGGACCCAUGCUACUUUCCAACAACCAAGCAGCUGGACGAGUAUGUGUUGAACAACAAGGGAGCUGUCUUUCAGGGCAAUUGGCAUAAACCACAUGCCAAACCUUGGCUUUUUGGACAGUUCGAAGACGGCAUCUUGGAUAUUUGCAUCACGAUCCUCAACAAGGCGUUUGACUACUGCAUAGGACCACAACUGGCCGACCCCGUCAUGAUAUCCAGAGCCAUAUCAGCAAUCGUGAACAACUGUGACGACUACGGAGUUUUGGUCGGAAGAUGGGACGGACAGUAUGGUGAUGGAAAGAGUCCUACUACCUGGAACGGCAGUGCUAAUAUCCUGAGAUGUUUUGCAAAUAACUAUCAACCAGUCAUGUACGGACAGUGCUGGGUCUUCUCGGCAAUAACUGUCACUGUUUGUAGAGCAUUGGGUUUGCCUUGUAGAAGUGUUACAAAUUUUGCUUCUGCACACGAUACCAAUUCCAGUCUCACUAUUGACAACGUGUAUGUACAAGACCCGGAGAAGGAACCAGGGUUCCUUAAACCUUCAGAAGAGCACUCCGCAGAUUCAUGUUGGAAUUUCCAUGUUUGGAAUGAAGUCUGGAUGGACAGACAUGAUCUCCCUAAAGGAUAUGAUGGAUGGCAGGUGAUAGACGCUACACCACAGGAAGCCAGCGGAGGUAAAUUUGCCUGUGGGCCUGCUCCCGUCGCUGCAAUCAAGAAGGGAGACUGUAUUAUGAAGUAUGACGCCAGAUUCAUAUUUGCUGAGGUCAAUGCGGAUUGCGUAGAUUGGGUAAUAGAUGAUGGCAUUUGGAAGGUGCUAAACGUAAAAAAGAACAAGGUUGGAAAGUGUAUUAGCACAAGGGAUCCAGAUAGCGAAGAUCCCCGUGCAAGGUUGGACAUUACACGUACUUAUAAGCAUGAAGAAGGAUCAGAAAGCGAGCGAAAGGCAGUCACGCUAGCAAUGUCUGCAUCCCUCGCUAAUAUUGUUACUCAAGAGGAAGAAAAUGACAUCGACAUCGACAUCAAGGAUAUUGAUGACGUCAUUAUGGGAACAGAUGUUGAGGUCAGAUUGAAGGUGAAGAAUAUCGCCAAGAGUAAGGAGACUCGAACUGUCACAGGAUUCCGUGCUGAUGUGUAUAGAAUGAAAUACAACGGCAUCACUGACCCAAAUAAGGGCUUUAUCAUAAGGGAGGAUUUCAAAUCUUUUGCCCUAAAGGCUGGCGAAGAGCGUGUUUUGCCGAUGGUCAUCAAGAGCGACGACUACGUGAAAAAACUUCUUUGUAUAGAACAGGCAGGGAUGGAAAUAAAGGCAUAUGCCUAUAUCGAGGAAACUAAACGCUGCAUUAUCGAAAAAGAAGAUUUCCGAGUCAGGAGACCGGAUGUUGAUGUACAGCUGACCCCAGAGCAUGUUGAAUUAAAUGGAGAGAUUGAGAUCAAAAUGAGCCUGAAAAAUCCCUUGGAUGUACCUCUGACCCACUGUUCCUACGCAAUUUGCUCGGAAGCAAUGCAACUGGAAGAUGAAGAGACGAAAGUCGAAGAUGUGCCUCCGAAUGGGGAAUGGUGCAUUACUGUGAAGAAGAAGGCUAGGGAGUAUCCAUUUUUUGGAACUGAAAUCGCUCUCGUCGGAUUUGACUGCCAAGAAAUUCCUAACAUCAACGGCAUGAGCAACAAAAUAUAUGUCGACUAAGAGCUUGUGCCGUUAUAAAGGAUGUGUUUUCACAUGCGUACAAGACAGAUGGUAUUACAAUUUCCUUCCAUCAAGGUUACCAAUUGUUUUUAUCAAGACUGAAUGUUACAACAGAAUUAAUCAAAAAUGGAUCACUUUGUUCAAAAAAAAAAAAAAACACGUUUUUAUGCGGACAAAAAUAAAAAGAUUUUAAUAAUCAUUUGUAGAUUACCAACAAUCAAAGUUGUGACAAAAUUUAAGUUUUGAAAUGGGAAGAAAUGCAUGAUUUGGUUUCAUUGAAAUAUCAUGGCCUCUAUCCACUGGGUUGGCCUAGCAAAUUGUAAAUGCAUAUCAACGUCUAAGAGUUAACACUCAAUUUUACACUGGUAAAUAUAGAAGAGAACAUCAUAAUUUCUCACUCUCGAUAAAGCACAUUAGUAUUUUGGAGUACUUUACAUGAUAUAAUCAUAAAGCACGACUUCUAAUAUUUUUAGUUCACCUUUGUGUUUCCCAAUUGCUUUGAAUUAAUUUUAGUAGAUAUGUCAUCGAUUUACAUGUUGUGUACAUUGUAUAUAGGUAUAAGGUAAACGAUUCGUUGGUGCACAACGUUCAUGCAAUUUUCUGAAAUAGUGAUGUAAACGCGAAUACAUUUUAAAGCUAUUCCAGUAAAAUAAGGGGCGGGGUUGGAGAAAUGGAAAUGUAGCUUCUACUCUUCUAUAGUCCGUUCCUGGAAACGGUCUCAUUUUUAUUUGUGUUGUUAUGUUGUCUAAUUCUUUAGUGAAUGUAUUUGGGUUGGCAAAUUUCUUUCUCCUAUGAAAAGUUCAUGCAGUGCAAGGAGCCAGGCCAUGUUGGCUCACUAUAAGGGAACUGGAUUUUUCAUAAUUAGUAUUUUUUACAGAACCGCAAUUAUCUAAGCUGGAUCAAUAUGAUAUUAUAAGAGUAGCUGAUCCUAAUAGUGCCAGUUAAAUUCUUACAAUGUCUUAAAUGUUACUGGGUCUUAUUGCUACUAUCCGUACAUUGAAUAUAUGGCAAACUGCGAGGAAGAAAAAAGAAAUACUAAAUACUGUAUUUUUCAGUUGGUUCUUGCUAUUAUCUGGUUCUCAGCAACAGGGAAAGCUAGUCAAGUCUUUUCCUGUGAAUCUGUGCCAUAACAUUCAAUUUUAAUCUCUAUUGUACACAUUAAAAUGCAAAAUUUGAUCAAAAUUCCUUAGUAAUUAAAAAAAUAUAUGCUUUUUAUAUAUAUUAAGCGGCCAUCCAAGGGACCGACUGAUAUAGGCUGCUAGAGAUAGGUGGCUGCUUAAACCAGGUUGGCCAGAAACGGCCUGUUGCCCAAUUCUUUUUUCAACAGUUUAUUGAAUUUAUCAUAUUAUAAUGCACUUAUUGAUAUUGAUAACAAUAUAUCAUGUACAGUGUAUUUUGAAAUGAAAACCAACAAAGAUCAAAGUUUUGAUGACUUUGAUGAAAAUAAUUGGCCAUGUGAUCAUCGCGGAUGUCUACUUCCGGACAAAAUGGCCGCUUAAUACAGGACGAUACAACGACUCGGGGCAGAUUUGUGUUGGCCGUUGGCCGCGUUAGAAAGGUGACCGCUUAUUUAAGGUUCAUUAUAUAGUGUUUUCCAUCGGGCGGACCACAGACUGGCCGCUUAACGGAGGUGACCGUUUAUUCAAGGUGGCCAUUAGAGCAGGUUUAACUGUACUUAUAGUUAUUAUAAAAAUAAUUCUUAAAUGCAUCAACACAUGUUUUAUUUCUCAGGGAACUUGUUCUGUCCAUGUCAAUUUCACUGUAAAUUGGAAAAAUCCAUUAAAUAUAAACAAUGACCAUAUUGGAUACACCACAGUUUACCCAAUACUGUAGCUUGCUACCUUUUAAUUCAGAUCUUUUUUAAAGUCAGGCUCAUAAUUUAAUUAUUUGGACCCUAAUUUCGGACUUCAACUUUUAGUAAUACUAUACUUAUUAUUCUAAAUUUCAAUUUUCUCAGGACCAUUUAUCAGAAAAAAACUGCUGUUUUGAGAAUAAAGUUUGUCAAAAAGCGAAAUGCAUAGAAAAAUUUACUUUUGGGAAGAUUGAAAUUUUGAAAUCUAUGCACUGUUUAGAGACAAGUUCCAUUUUCAUUUAAUUUGUUUAAAAACUGAUACCCAACAACUUUUAAAAUGUUUUCAUGUGGUAGAGUAGAGCCUUGCUUUUUUUUUGCUUCAGAUAUGAAAUGCAACUGUUUUAUGUACAUGUAUUAAUCAAAUAUAUAUAUAUUAUCAUCAUCGUAUUAACCUAGUUCUGGAAACAUCCAGUAUGCUUUUCAGGUAAUCUUUAUUAAUUAAACCAACAAAAUCCCACUGCUUAAUACCUUUUUUCUAUAAACAGUUAUUUUUGCGAGUUUUAAUUUUUUUUUUUUCAUUUUUACUAAAGAUAAAGAAAAUAUUUUUACAGCAUUUGAUAUGAAGCAAUUUGAAAAUUGGAUUAUAAACUGACAUGGUACAUGCAAGUUUUUUUAGCAACAUAUUCAAGAUGUUAACUUUUAUUGUCUUAAAGUCAUAUUUCAAAUUCAAAUAUAUGUACAUUUGUAUUCAAUUAAGGUGGCCUAGCCUACAUCUACCAUGUACCAACAAAAAUUUUCCAGUGGAUAGAAAAUUUUCAUUUUAUUUUCAAUACUAUUCAGGAUAUGAAGGCUAAAAAAUCAAUGUUGAAAUAUACACAGGCCACUCUAUACAGAGUUAAGAGCGAUGACAGAGGGUAUAUUCAAAUUACAAAAUUUGAUCAACAUCAAAAGAUCAUUUACAUGUGAAGAAGAAAAGAGAUGAUAAACAUUUCACCUGUUCCAUGCAAUACCUUUACACAAAGGUAAAGAGAUAUUGGCCUCCCUAACAGAAAAUGAGUAAUCAGUUUCAAACAACAUCAUGUAGCAAUUAAUAUGGAACAUCAUUUGAACAUACAAAUUUGUUGAUGGUGACCAAAAUUUAUAUGUGCUUCAUUACAGUUUUCAGCACAAAAAAACAAAUUCUGUCGGUAUUGGACAACAGACUUACAAUGUAAGUCUAUAUACAAGACCUUUAAGCACUCCUAGUUCACGAUCAUGUUGAUCCAGUGAAAUUGUGAAAAUAUUAUCCUCUCGAAAAUAACCUGCUAUAUGUACAUUUGUAUAUGGUAAAUGUUGUGCUGCUUUGUUAAAUUCUACACAGUUUAUUGCUGUGGUGAAAUGAAAUGCUUAGGCAUUUAAUUACAGAAUGUGCCAUAAUAUAUUUUUUUCCUCUUUUACUUGCAUUUACACUUGUAGUAGCUAUAUAUAUAUAUAUAUACUAAUAAUUACUCAGACACCUUCAGAGAUUCUAUAUAUACUCAUAUUUUUUUUAUUAAUAUUCUCAGACAAAAAAUAAAUUUGAUUUUAAAUUCAA